AUGGCCGGCUGCUACCCACAGGAAAAGUUCCGCAGCGCCCAGCUCGAGCCGGAUUCCUUCUGGGAUCGCUGGCAGCGCGCCGCCUGCCACUCGACGAUCCCCGUACAGCUGGACCUACUCAAACGCACCGGCCGCUACGACGCCUUCAACCUCAAGCACAUCCCCUACUACGACCAGGAGCCCACCAUCUGGCCCGUCCCGGACCACCUCUUCUGGGAGUCGGACGUGGCCAAGUGGGUCGAGGGCGUCUGCUACCACCUCCAGUCCCGCAAAGACGCCGACCAGGGACUGAGGCAGCACGUAGACUACCUCGUCGACCUCAUCGUCAGCGCGCAGCAACCCGACGGCUACCUCAACAUCCAUUUCGUCGUCGUCGAGCCCGAGAAGCGCUGGUCCAAUCUGCGCGACCUCCACGAGCUCUACAAUGCCGGCCACCUCAUCGAGGCCGCCCUGGCCCACCACCAGCUCACGGGCUCGUCCAAGCUCAUCGACGCCAUGCUGCGCUUUGUGUCCUAUUGCUGCACCAUCUUCCCUCAAAAGCUAGCAGGAUAUCCGGGUCAUCCCGAGAUCGAGCUGGCCCUCCUCCGCCUGUACCACCGCACCCGCCGGCCGCAGUGCCUCGAGCUUGCCGCCUACUUCCUCACCGAGCGCGGCAGGGACGGCGGCCAGUUCUACAAGGACGAGCAGGCCAGGCGCGGCGAACACAAGCACACCAUUCCGGGCAUGAUGCCCAAGCCCUACAGCUUUUGGUACAUGCAGGCGCACCAGCCCAUCGCCGAGCAGCAGACCAUCGAGGGCCACUCGGUGCGCGCCAUGUACCUCCUCACCGCCGUCGCCGAUGUGACGGCCACUCCCGAGGCAGUCUCCCGGGUGGGUGGCCAGGAUCAGCUCGAUGCGCUCAAGGCCGCCACGUCUCGCCUCUGGAAGAGCAUGGUGCACACCAAGAUGUACGUCACCGGCGGCAUCGGCAGCAUCAAGCAGUGGGAGGGCUUCGGCCUGCCCCACUCGCUGCCCAACAGCACCGAUGAGGGCGGGUGCUAUACCGAGACUUGCGCCGGCAUCGGGCUCCUGAUGCUCGCCGACCGCAUGCUCCACGCCUCGCUCGAUGGCCGCGUGGCCGACGUGGCGGAGCGCGUGCUGUACAACUCGAGCAUCACGACGGGCAUGUCCGAGGACGGCAGGGCGUUUACCUACGUCAACCAGCUCGCCAGCAGCGCCGAGGAGCCGUGCAGGCGCUUCGAGUGGUUCGAGUGCGCGUGCUGCCCUCCCAACGUGAUGCGCACCUUUGGCUGCCUCCAGGGCUACUUUUUCGGCUCCCUCGUCGACCGCCCGCUCGAUCUGGCCAUCCACCAGCUGUUUGCCGGGUCCGUCGUGCACGAGGGGACCAAGGUGUCGCUGCGCACCGCGUACCCGGACGAUGGCCACGUCGAGAUCGACGUCGAGACGCUCCCUGCCGGGGCGACGGUCUGGGUCCGCGUGCCCGGCUGGGCAAAGGGGCACACCUUGUCUAGCGCCGAUGGCGACGCCAGAUCUUCUGAGCUGACGUCCGGUUAUCUGUCCAUCACCGCUCCCGGGCGCUACACGCUCGAGAUCCAGCUCGAACCUCGUAUCCUUGUUUCGCAUCCGGACACGGGUGCUGCGCGGGUGACGCUGGCAUACGGUCCGCUGAUCUACUGCAUCGAGGAUGUCGACAACGGCUGGGUCGAUGCGCUCCCGCCGGCUGAACAGCACUUCAAGCACACCUCGGUCUCGCUCGCGGACCUCAGGAAGGCGGAGAAGGUAUCGGUCGACGGCCACACUGCGUUCCGCGCGCCCCGCGCCGGGUACACGCUCGACGUGGAUGACGACGCGGCGUACGCCUCGGCGUUUGAGCUCGACCAACGACCGUCGUACCGUGAAGCCGAGGGGGAAGGCCACGACCUCGUCCUUAUCCCUUACUACUGGAGGUGCAACCGCAAGUCGACCAAAGGUCGCAUGCGCACUUCGCUCCUGCUCAAACAGUGUUAA